CCAAAUUCUGAUAUAUACCAUAGUCGUGAAAGCAUAAAAUUGAGUGAGAAAUAUAAUACAAGAGUUUAAAAAAAUGGACCAGUUUGAAGAAACAAUAUGGCCUGCAAGUCCAAGCUCACAAUAUUUGAACAGCUCCAGUUUCUCUCUCUCUAUUAUUUGUGUAUUGGAAACAAAAAUUCCAAUUGAAAUUGAAGACUCAACGGUCUUCACCUUACUCAAGGAUGUCUAUUUGUCUAUAAAUCCACGAUUUUCCUCAAUCAUGGUCACGGAAAAUGGUGGUGGAAGGAAUUGGAAGCGAGUUGAAGUAAACAUCGAAGAGCACGUAAAAACUCCAGUACUUCCAAGUGAACAACCACUUAGUUUCUAUGAUGAAUGUUUUUCCAACUACAUGUCAAAAUUGGCAAUCGAACCGUUCGCGCAAAAUCGACCAAUGUGGGAACUUCACUUACUAAAAUACCCAACAAGCAAUGCAGCUGGGAAUAUGAUUUUCAGGCUUCAUCAUUCACUUGGUGAUGGAUAUUCUCUAAUGGGAGCACUUCUUUCUUGUCUACAAAGAGUCGAUAAUCCAUCACUUCCUCUAACAUUUCCUUCACGUAAAAGAACAGGGGCAGAUUCAGAAUUUCAAGAAGAUAAAUAUACUAUCAUGAAUAUUGUCAAGUGUGUGCCUCGUGCUUUUAUGACGCUGGUGAAUACUGUUCAAGACUUUGGAUUGAGUGUUCUGAAGAGCACAGUGAUCGAGGAUGACCGGACGCCAAUCAGAUCGGGUGAUGAAGGAGUGGAAUUCCGACCAAUUGAGAUCGCUACGACGAUGUUCUCCUUGGAUAGCAUCAAACAAAUCAAGGACACUCUCAAAGUGACAAUAAACGAUGUGAUUACUGGGGUAGUAAUAUACGGCACAAGACUAUACAUGCAAGGAGUAAACAAAGAAACAAGCAAUGGAAAAUGCACAGCACUGGUCUUGUUCAACACUAGAGCUGUUGGAGGUUACAAAUCAGUGAGUGAAAUGAACAAGCCUAAUUCAGAAAUGCCAUGGGGAAAUCACUUCACAUUCUUGCCUGUUUCACUGCCAAAAUUAACUUCAAAUGACUCAGUUAAUCCUCUUGGAUUUGUUGUAAAAGCAAGAAGUAUUAUCAAGAGGCAGAUGAAUUCUGCUUCUGUUUUUCUCACCGGUAGGAUGCUUGAAAUCUUGAGAAAAUUUGAAGGUCCUGAGGCGGCAGGUAAAUAUAUUCAUACAACAUUGAAGCACACAAGCAUGGGAAUGACAAAUAUGAUAGGGCCAUUGGAAGAGAUGGCUUUGGCUAAUCACCCCGUAAAAGGACUUUAUUUUGCUGUUGUUGGUGCUCCACAGAGUCUAUCAGUGACAAUGGUGAGUUAUGUGGAUAAGCUUAGAGUUGCAAUAGUAGUGGAGAAAGACUUCAUAGAUCCAAACAAGUUGAAGGCAUGCAUUGAGUAUUCCUUCGAGGCCAUCUUCAAUGCAGCACUGAAAUGAACUAUUUGUUGUUAAUAGUAUACGAAGAUAUGAUUAAUGAAAUGAAGUAUUUGGUUUUAAUCGAUUCAAGUAAUGUAACUUAUGAAAGAUUUUAAAUAGGAGCAAAGUAUGUACUAAAAAAGAUUAGGAGCAAACCACACAAGCUCGUAAAAGUAUUCUGUUUUUUCUUUUUCCUUUUCUAUUCAAUUUUCGUGUUUUUAUAAAAUGAUUCAUAGAGGCAAAA